AUGGUUAACAGCCAAAGGGGGAUGAGCUCCACGAACACAGCAAGCGCCGUGGGGGCCACGUCGGAAGUCCCCGCACGGGCCACGCCGGAAGUCGCCGCGGGGGCCACGCCGGAAGUCCCCCACGGGCCACGUCGGAAGUCGCCGCGGGGGCCACGCCGGAAGUCCCCGCACAGGGUCAAGCGGAGACAACUUCAAUCGCAAAGUCGAAGGAAGGGGAUGAGGAAGAUGGGAGAAUUGGUGACUUGUCCAAGGUCACCUCCCUCCUUUGAGAUACACUUUCCACUGUAUGACAGUGACCUUCAAGUGAAAUUUGCCCAGUGGGAUGCGGCUCCCAAUGCAGCCUCUUGCUACGGGUGCAGCCAGCUUUAUGACUGCCUUUUUGCUAACACAGCCUCCAGUAAAUCCCUGAAGACCUCGGGCAGGCUUAAUUCAGAGACGAGACCGGGCGAGGCCUACCAACGGGAAGAGGCAAAGAUGUCAGAGCAGCACAGCUGUUUCCCGUCUGAUUCAAAGGACCUGCUCAUUGACUCAGCCCAGAGAGCCUUGAAUUCACACGCUAAUCCAUGUGAUGAAAUUAUUUGCCCAGAUGAAGAGGGCACUGAAGAAGCCAUUUCUUUAUGGAGCAUCAUCUCAAAAGUUAGGAUUGAGGCCUGCAUGUUGGGUAUCGGUACAGCAAUUGGAGAGUUACCUCCAUAUUUCAUGGCCAGGGCAGCUCGCCUCUCAGGUGCUGAACCAGAUGAUGGAGAGUAUCAGGAAUUUGAAGAAAUGCUGGAACAUGCAGAGACUGCACAAGAUUUCGCCUCCCGGGCUAAACUGGCAGUUCAAAAUCUAGUACAGAAGGUUGGAUUUUUUGGAAUUUUGGCCUGUGCUUCAAUUCCAAAUCCUUUGUUUGAUCUGGCUGGAAUAACAUGUGGACACUUUCUUGUACCUUUUUGGACUUUCUUUGGUGCAACCCUGAUUGGAAAAGCAAUAAUUAAGAUGCAUAUCCAGAAAAUCUUCGUUAUCGUAACAUUCAGCAAACACAUAGUGGAGCAGAUGGUGGCUUUCAUUGGUGCUGUCCCCGGCAUAGGUCCAUCUCUGCAGAAGCCAUUCCAGGAAUACCUGGAGGCCCAGCAGCAGAAGCUUCACCACAGAAGCGAAAUGGGCACACCACAGGGAGAAAACUGGUUGUCCUGGAUGUUUGAGAAGUUGGUUGUUGUAAUGGUGUGUUACUUCAUCCUGUCCAUCAUUAACUCCAUGGCACAAAGUUAUGCCAAACGAAUCCAGCAGAAGUUGGACCAAAAGGAGAAAACCAAAUAA